AUGGUUAAACAGUCACAGCUCGCUACAGACGGAUUAAUUGAUGACAACGCGAUUGUUGAAAUUAAAUGUCCGUAUACGGCGAGAGACACAAAUAAUGCAAAAGAAGCAAUUGAAAGUAAACUUUUGCAAUACAGUAUUAUAAAUAAAGACGGAACCAUUAAAUUAAAAAAAGAGCAUCCGUACUUUUAUCAAAUAAUUGGUCAGUUACGGAUAACCGGGAGGAAUAUUUGUUUUUUUGUAGUUCAUACAAGCAACUGGACAUAUAUAGAAAAAAUUAUUUAUGAUCGUCAAUUUCGGGAAACUAAAAUGGUUAAUAAACUUAAAACGUUUUAUUUGGAAUGUAUUUUGCCAGAAAUAGUUGACCCAUUGUACGGAAGGCGGUUAAAAAUAGCAGACAUACGAGAACCACUCCAUAUAUUAAAAGCACAGGAAGAAAAAAUAAAACAAAACUAUGUGUCCAGUCGUCAAAGGGUUAUGAUCGUCAAUAUCUAUAAAGAUAUCAUUUCUGAUACACCGGACAAAAAAUAUGUAGACGUUAUCAACCGUAUUAGAGAGUUAACUGGUUUGGAAAAAAACACCAUACAGAAAACCAUCAGCGAGUACAAAACGACGAAAACAGUAUCUUCUCCCAACAGAAAAAGAUUAAAGACUUCACUGUUUCAAAAAAUUGAUGAUCUGGAUCGUACAGGAAUACGUCGCAAAAUUCAUUCUGUUUGGUUAAAUUGCGAACUACCUACCAUCGACCGAAUUUUAUUAGAUGUCAACGCGGAUCCGUCUCUUCCAAAUUUUAAAAGGACCUCUCUGUAUUGUGUUAUCAAAAAAUUGGAUUUUGUCUUUACAAAAAGGAAAAGGUGCAGUGUGCUGACCGAGAGGGAAGAUCUAAUCGUUUGGCGUCGUCGGUAUUUAUACGACGUCCGGAAAUAUAGAGCUGAAGGUCGAACUAUAUAUUAUCUGGAUGAUACUUGGUUAAAUACCGGUGAUUGUGUCGAUCGUGUUUGGAAGGACAAUACGGUUCUCUCCAAACACGACGCUUUCAACAAAGGCCUCACAACCGGUAUACCAAACCCAACAGGUAAAGGUAAACGACUCAUAGUACUACACAUCGGGUCGGAGAAUGGUUUUCUGCCAGGUGGUCUACUGUGUUUCGUUUCCAAAAAAAAUACCGGAGAUUAUCAUGACGAAAUGAAUGGGGCUAACUUCAAAGAGUGGUUUGAGUCCAUUAUCCCAGUACUCGAUCCAAAUUCCAUCAUCGUCAUGGACAAUGCACCGUACCAUUCGGAGUGGCUCAUUUCCAAAGAUGUUGUUUGCGAACGACCGUUGUCGGCAUUGUUGAAACCCGAACUUCUGGCGAUAGCAAAAGAAUUGCGACCACAAUGUAAAUCUUAUAUAAUCGACAACUUGGCCAAGGACAACGGACACACCGUUCUUCGAUUGCCACCGUACCAUUGCGAAUUCAAUCCCAUUGAAUUGGCAUGGGCGAUGGUAAAAGGAUACGUAAAGCAGAACAAUACCACUUUCAAAAUCGACGAUGUUCGCCAACUGCUGAAUACAGCAAUUGAAAGGGUUACACCCCUCAACUGGAAAAAUUUUAUAAAGCACGUAAUUGAAGAAGAGGACACAAUAUGGAAAGCGGACGAUUCAUGGACGAUAUGA